AUGGACAGAGAAAGAAUCACUGAAAACAUGGCCCCAAGGAACAUGGUGCCCCGUGAUGAAAAGGCCUUCAGGAAGCUGAGGGUCACACAAGUUGUCCUGGCGCUCUUAGUUCUUGCUCUGGCUGCUGCGCUUAAAAUUGUGGUUUUCCUCUAUUUUCAAGGGAAAAAUGAGCAACUUGAGAGGGCCAAGGUCUUCAAUGAAGCUCUGAAACGGCAAAAUUAAAUCCUAGCUCAGAGAUUCUCCGAGCGUUAUAUUGGCCAUGGCGCACAUCUCUACUACUUUUCCUGUGGCAACAUGUCCUGGAACGAUGCUGAGCAGUACUGUGUGUCAAGGGGCUCCCACCUGACGUCAGUGACCUCAGCAGAAGAACAGGAAUUUAUUUAUGAAAAAGGGGCCGAUGCCACAUUCUGGAUUGGACUAAAUAACCAGAAGAGCUCCAACUGGACGUGGACAGAUGGCAGCCGAUUCAAUGAGACUCAAAGCAAGAAGUUUUGGGUACCAGGGCAGCCAAAUAACAGAGGAAACAAUGAGCACUGUGUAGUGUCCUGGACAGUUAGGCGCAAGUCAUGGAAGGAUAAGCAUUGCCAGCAGCAUUUCAAAUUCAUUUGUAAGAGAAAACGUGACUCAUCUAGAACAUGCAAUAAACCAGUCAGCAAAUCUUCCAGAACUUAUUAA